GGGCGUCUCACGUCGGAUCUGACCUGCGGUCCGCCAGCCUCCAGGUCGGCGCUCUCUCCACUGCGCCACCAAGCGGAACUGAAGGGGGAAGAGGGCGGGGUGAACCCGGGCGGCCAGCGGCAGGGCCCCGGCCGCCGCGAUCCUCCGGCCGCCAGGGGGCGGGGCACCGCCUCUCUUCUCGCCCACCGCCCCCUCUCUUUCCCCGCCCCACUCCUGGCGAGGAAGCCGGCGCCGCGCCUGCUCAGUGGCCGCUCCGUCCUUCGCCUCUUCAGCGCGUGGCGACCCCGGCUGCGGCCGCGCGCCCGCCCGUCCCAUGUCAUGUCGGUGCCGAUCUCGGAGGUGACGUUCCGCCGGAUCCUGGCGAACUUCCCCGAGAACCUGAGCCUGGCCUUCGCCUACGGCUCCGGGGUGUACCGCCAGGCGGGGCCCAACGGCAGCCGCAAGAAUCUCAUGCUGGACUUUGUGUUUACAGUAGAUGACCCAGUCACGUGGCAUUCAAAGAAUUUGCAACAGAACCGCAGCCACUACUCUUUCUUGAGAUUUUGUGGGCCAAAAGUUAUCGCCAAAGUGCAGAAUAACUAUGGAGCGGGAAUCUACUACAAUACCAUGAUAAUGUGUGCUGGUAAGCUUAUCAAAUAUGGGGUUAUUAGUACUGAAACCCUAAUUAACGAUCUGCUCACUUGGAAUACCUUAUACGUUGCUGGACGUCUACAAAAGCCGGUGAGAAUCUUGAGUUUGAAGGAGGACACUGUGCUCCGGGCAGCCCUGGAAUCAAACCUGGAGAGUGCCGUCACAGCUGCUUUUCUCAUGCUCCCAGAAAGCUUCUCCGAGGAAGACCUCUUUGUGCAGAUCGCCGGCCUCUCCUACUCCGGUGACUUUCGGAUGCUGUUGGGAGAGGAGAAGGCGAAGGUGGUCAACAUUGUGAAGCCCAAUAUUCCUCAUUUUCGUGAGCUGUAUGGUCAGAUACUCUUCAAGAACCCCCAGGUGUUAUACAAGGAAAAUCAAGGCCGACUAGAGAUAGAUAAAAGCCCAGAAGCCCAAUUCACUCAGCUAAUGACUUUGCCGAAAACCCUGCAGCAAGAAAUAAGUUAUCUUAUGGACACUCCAGGGAAAAACAGAGAUGUGGAAGAAACUUUAUUACAAGUGGCUCAUGAUCCUGAUUGUGGGACUGUGGUACGGCAAGGACUUUCAGGAAUCGUGAGACCUUCUAGCGUAAUGCAGAGCACCAAAGGCAUCCUGACAGCUGUUCGAGCUGACUCCUGUCUUUGGUGCUGCCCUUGGACUGGUCUCCACUGUGCCAUCAUCGCAGGGCUCUCUUUGCCAGCAGAGGGCAGCAGCCAACGUGCACCUGCCAGAAACCCAGCCUCCUCCUGUCCUGAUGGCAGACCCGUACUGAGAGGGCCCAGGUGUGAAGAAAUCGUUGAUUUAUAGUUCAAUGAAAGUGCUAAAAAUGUGGACCGGAUGGACAAAGAAGACAUCCUAAUGUUAUUUGCUUUUGUAAAUGCUGUGUAUAGAUAGAUAAAGUGUCUGAUCUUUUUGUCAGAACAGCAUUGAUUAUUUUUACUCACUAUUUAAUUUCUUUGGAACUCUUGAGACAAGUAGGAAAGGAUUACAUAAAAGCAGUUUGGAGUAGUUUUCUGAGAAGAGAAUUCUUCUGUUCAGAUAGAUGUUCAGCUAUAUGGAUUCAGUGCUCAUUAGAACUUAGACUGACAUGUUUUCUAGGCACAUUAGUGUCAGAAGUGUGUGAGGUUGCUCACAUGUGUGUGCAAUGUUCAGCCCCUGAAUGAUGGCUUUAGGAAGCUUUCCCUCUGUACUUGUUUUCUCAAUCUCCUCUUCUUACUCUCUUGCCUCCACACACUUAUUUUUCCCAAUCAGGGUUCUAAAGUGUUUAAUUGAAUUUUUACUGGGUUAAGGCUUUUAUUUUUCUUUGAUGUAUUCUUUAAAAUGCAUAGUAGUCAUAACCUCAUGUGCUGCAGUCUCUGGGGCCCAUAACUGUAAUGGUCAAGUGCCAUUUUGUUUUAUCCUCCUGGUGAGCCGUGCCUUCUUUUCUUGUAUACAAGUUGUGAGACGUAUAGUAUCAAGCUAUAAACCUAGGCUGACUGUGCCCCUAAAGCCAGCCUAUUACCAGGUCUGUCCUUUUCUUCCUCUGAAUUGUCCAUUGGCUUUGCCCUAUGUUCUCCAUCCCUGCUGCUGAUACCAGGGUCAAAGCUCUUAGAAUCUCUCCUCCAGUCCUUCAGCUUCACCUCCCUGCUCCCCCUCUUCUCCAGCCCAGUCUUAAAUCAGUGGCUUCAUGAGUAUCUUCCCAAGCUGGAUAAGAGCUCCUCUUUGAAGUCACCCUGAUGAGUUUGGACUUUGCCAAAGUCCUCCUUCACCUGGUCCCGUUUGACCAAUCCAUCCUCUCAUUUUCCUUCUAUUUCCCAGCACAGUGCUUAGAAGUAGGUACUUAAUAGAUUUUUCCUUACUUGAAAGGACGGAUUUCACUAAAGCAGGUACUUCACAGAUCCAGAUUGCAAUCUCCCUCCAUUCAUCAGCAAAUGAUUUCACUAUUUCCAUGGCCAAAAAUAUUUGUCACUUGGUGGCCAACUUUGUGAUAGGCUUCUCUGAAACGAGUUUGGUCCUCAUGAGCCAGGCAUGGAAUCAUCCUCUGACCCCUCCUCCAAGCCACACCAGCUUGUAGGACCUCACAGAACUUGGACCCCUGAAGCACAGCUUUCAGGAGCCCAGAGUUAGCAUCCAAUGGUGAGGCUUUGGGAAAGCACUCCAGUGGAAACUCAAUAGUUAGAACACAGCAUUUUAAAUCCCAUUUAGGCUGCUACCACCUUGAUUUCCUCAGCAGGGAGAAUCGGGCCCAGAAGUUAAUUUUCCAAGGCCAUAUGGCUGUAGUCGUUAAAGUUUUGACCCAGGGAUCUUGAUUCUCAGGUCCUUGCUUUGUUCAUUACAUGACACGCUUUCCAAAUAUGAUGCAACACAGCAAGCAUUUAUUAAGUGCCUACUGUAUGUGGGUGCUUGGUUUUUAUGCUCAAUGGCUCCCAAGACAUUUUAGGUGUUGCCUGUAAUUGAUUACUAUUGGAGCAGGAAAGUGACCAGAUCAGUGAUUAAAAAUAACCACCAAAGCAAACCAACUUAAACAGCCUCUGAACUUAACAAAGAACAGCCCUCGAGAGCAGAAAGUUUGCUCUUUAUUCCAACGUAGUACACCAGAAAACAAAGUUUGGGGAGGGGUGCAGUGUCGGGAAGUAAUGAAUUAAAACAAAAUGUAUCUUUUUAAAAAGAAAAAGCAUUGGACUUGGAAUUUGAAUACUGACUCUGCUGCCUAUGACCUGUGACAGGUUAAGUUCCAUUACCUCUCUACGCUAAGAAAUUGUGGGGAAAGUGUAAACCCUGAAAGCCUCUUAUCAUUGAGAAGUUUUAUUCUUGGUUUCUAUAGAGCUUCUACGUUACUUUUCAUCCUUCCUGUUAAAUUGGGGGUAUGAGGAAGCCCCGAAAGAUUGAUUGAAGUCUGCAUACUUCAUUUGCAGCUGAAGUUUUACUGUAGAUUUUAAUCAAAGGUGAUGAGCCAUGGCUUCCCUGUGGAAUCAUGUAAACUCUGGCCCCCUGAACUUGUUCCUAGUCAUGCAUGUGCAGUUGAAAUAUCACUAGGCAAAGAUCUGGAUUGAAGCUCCAGGGCUGCAACUUACUCACUGUGACUUUGGGUAACUCAUUCCCUUCUCCAAACCUGAGUUUUCCCAUCUACCAAAACUGGGCCAGUACAACCGCCCGAUCCGCUUUGUUAGGGAGUUUGAAUGAAAUUAUGUAAAGUCUUUUGUAGAUUAUAGAGUAGCCUUUGUAACUGUAACAGAGGGGUCAAACACCCUGGCCACAUGUAGUCCACACCACAACAGUCCUGAGUGUGCCCAAAUCAAAUUAAAAGGUAAUUGGGAAAUAUUUAACAAAAUGAAUAAAAGUACAAUAAAACAUGGAUAAUAGUACAUUUUAAAAGAAAGCACGCAGCCUACAGGGAUCCUUAGGUAGGGAUCCCCACCCCACCCCCUUCUAUUUGAGCCUGACCAGUGCAAGAAAAUACUAAAUUAAUGGCAACCUUGCUGGAAGGGAACUCUGUUGUGCCAUUCAUGGAAGUGCAUACUGCUGUCUGACAAGUCUGUUCAUUUGUAGGUUUUGCCUGGAAAUCUUUGUUUAUCUUCUUGGCCUUUUUUCAUUUUGCAUUUUUACAUACCAGCUCUGUAAAGAUAGGUCUUGGCCUUUAUCAAGAAUUCCCUAGAUUCUCAUAUUACUUGUCUUCAUACAGAGAGACAGUUAAUACCACAAAAGCUCUAGGAAUAAUAAACAGGAGGAAAAUGUGCUAGAAAUGCUAGUUAAUUAUGUGUUCUUGGGCAAGUUUCAAUCUCUCAGUGCCUCAGUUUCCUUAUCUGUAAUAUGUGGAGGAGGAGGGGUGAAUUGAACUAGGCAAAAUUUUUGAUUUUUUUUUAGCCCUGAAAUCCUUGGAUGCAUGCAUAAUUUCAGCCACUUAGGGAAGUUUUGAAAAGACCAUUUUGAACUGUCAAAAUGUAUGCCAACUUUGGGGCAGCCAAGUGGUUAGAGCACUGGGCCUGAAGCAAGAAGACUCAUCUUCAUGAGUUCAACUCCAACCUCAGACACUUACUAGCUG